UUAGUUGUUCGCCAUCGCCAUUUUGUUAAAUCCAGAGUGUUUCUUGGUUUUGCUGAUUCUCUGUCGUCCUCCAAUUUAUUUAGUAAUUACAGUGUUCUAUAUGUGCUUUUAAAAAUGUCUAAGCGAAGGAUUGAAGUGUUGGACCCUUUCAUCAAGAAAAAAAGAGAGGAAAAAGCAGCUAAGUCUGGAGGUAGUACUGAAGCAUUAGAUGCCUCUGGCGCCAGCAGCCAAACUUCAAGCAGUAGUACACCAGGAAUCAACUCUUACACAGGGUUGCCACACUCCCAGCGUUACCAUGAGCUUCUGCGGAAAAGACUCGGUCUCCCGGUGUGGGAAUACAAGAAUGAUUUUAUGAGACUCCUCAAUACUCAUCAAUGUGUUGUACUUGUAGGAGAGACAGGUUCGGGUAAAACUACGCAGAUACCACAAUGGUCGGUGGAGUUUGCGGCGGUUACCGCGGGCAAGUCCAAAGGAGUGGCGUGCACACAGCCGCGGCGGGUCGCCGCCAUGUCGGUGGCGCAGCGCGUCGCCGAGGAGAUGGACGUUGCCCUAGGUCAGCAAGUCGGCUACAGCAUCCGUUUCGAAGACUGCUCCGGACCGCAAACUGUUCUCAAAUACAUGACAGACGGUAUGCUUCUAAGAGAGGCCAUGUCAGAUCCCAUGUUAGAACAGUACCGUGUCAUUCUCCUCGACGAAGCCCACGAAAGAACACUCGCAACGGAUAUACUAAUGGGAGUCCUCAAAGAGGUUAUCAAACAGCGAUCAGAUCUGAAAUUGGUUAUAAUGUCCGCAACGUUGGAUGCUGGGAAAUUCCAACAGUAUUUUGACAACGCACCGCUGAUGAACGUGCCCGGUAGAACGCAUCCGGUGGAGAUUUUCUAUACUCCGCAACCGGAGAGAGAUUAUUUGGAAGCAGCUAUAAGGACCGUGGUGCAGAUACAUAUAUGCGAAGAGAUUGCUGGGGAUAUUUUGUUGUUUUUGACGGGACAAGAGGAGAUUGAGGAUGCGUGUAAGAGAAUUAAGAGGGAGAUUGACAAUUUGGGACCGGACGCUGGCGAGCUGAAGUGUAUUCCUCUGUAUUCAACACUACCACCAAAUUUGCAACAGAGAAUCUUCGAGCCGGCGCCUCCAAACAGAUCGAACGGCGCAAUUGGCAGAAAGGUGGUAGUCUCAACUAACAUAGCAGAGACCUCGCUCACCAUAGACGGUGUCGUUUUUGUCAUAGACCCGGGAUUCGCUAAACAGAAGGUAUACAAUCCCCGUAUCCGGGUGGAAUCGCUGCUAGUGUCGCCGAUCAGCAAGGCGUCGGCGCAGCAACGCGCCGGCCGCGCCGGACGCACGAGGCCAGGAAAAUGUUUCCGGCUGUACACUGAGAAGGCGUACAGGAACGAGAUGCAAGACAACACUUAUCCGGAGAUUCUCAGAUCGAACUUAGGAUCUGUAGUUUUGCAGUUGAAAAAGCUGGGCAUUGACGACCUGGUGCACUUCGACUUUAUGGAUCCGCCGGCGCCGGAGACGCUCAUGAGAGCCCUGGAGCUGCUCAACUAUCUGGCUGCGCUGGACGACGACGGCAACCUAACGGACCUGGGCGCAGUGAUGGCGGAGUUCCCGCUGGACCCGCAGCUUGCCAAGAUGCUGAUAGCGAGCUGCAACCACAACUGCUCCAACGAGAUCCUCAGCAUCACAGCCAUGUUGUCAGUGCCACAGUGCUUCGUGCGGCCGAACGAAGCGCGCAAGGCGGCGGACGAGGCCAAGAUGAGGUUCGCGCACAUCGACGGUGACCACUUAACCCUGCUAAACGUGUACCACGCCUUCAAACAGAAUAUGGAGGACCCGCACUGGUGCUACGACAACUUUAUCAACUACAGAUCACUAAAAUCGGGCGACAACGUCAGACAACAACUUAGCAGAAUAAUGGACAGAUUUAAUUUGAAGCGAACAAGUACAGAGUUCACAAGUAAAGAUUAUUAUAUUAAUAUAAGGAAAGCUCUCGUCGAUGGAUUCUUUAUGCAGGUGGCGCACCUGGAGCGCACGGGGUACUACCUGACCGUGAAGGACAACCAAGUGGUACAGUUGCACCCCUCCACCUGUCUGGACCACAAGCCUGACUGGGUCAUCUACAAUGAGUUCGUGCUCACCACCAAGAACUAUAUUCGCACCGUCACAGACAUCAAGCCGGAAUGGCUGCUGAAGAUAGCGCCGCAGUACUACGAGCUGAACAACUUCCCGGCGUGCGAGGCGCGGCGGCAGCUGGAGCUGCUGCAGGCGCGGCUCGACUCCAAGCCCUACCAGGAGGGCUUCUAGAAUACACAAGCUUACAAUACAA